AUGGCAUCUGUGGUAACCAAGAAGGGAAAAAAGAGCGGAGAUACUAUCAACUCCAAGCUUGCCCUCACUAUGAAGAGUGGCAAGUCCGUCUUGGGCUACAAGUCUACCUUGAAGACUCUCCGCUCUGGUAAGGCCAAGCUCAUCUUGAUUGCCGGUAACUGCCCUCCUCUCCGCAAGUCCGAGCUUGAGUACUAUGCUAUGCUUUCCAAGGCUAAUGUUCACCACUACUCUGGUUCCAACAUUGAUCUCGGUACCGCUUGCGGUAGACUUUUCAGAGUCGGUGUUUUGGCUAUUACUGACGCUGGUGACUCUGACAUUUUGGAAGCUUAG